AUACUUAAAAGAUCGCUAUAACCAGCACCCUCAACGUAUUAUAUGGUACAAACUAUCGAACUUUUGGAAAAUGGUUCGGAGUGGAAAAACCUUUUAUUAUCACCAGCGCCGGCUGUCUUGCACAAUCGACACCUUCGGCACUUAUGUGAAGUGCAACAUGAACCUACCAUGUCGAGGCUGUCUUUCUGGUUGCUGGUAAUCCUGGUGAAACUUACCAUUAGCAGCGAUGUGGCUAAUGAAACGGACAUUUUUGUGGAGGAUGGCGUUAAUGAUAACCGUACCGCAAGGCCAGAAAGAACGGUGGAUGAAAACGAAGUCAUCCCGGAAGUCCAUACUGUGGAGGAUUUGACCUUAGUCAACACAACACUAGGAUACGUGCGAGGACGAACUGUAACGACAGCCAAUGGGAAGUCUGUGGAUGUCUACUUAGGGGUGCCCUUUGCCGAGCCACCUGUUGGUCCUCUACGAUUUAAGAAGCCGGUUCCGAAGAAGCCAUGGGAAGGAAUAUACGACGCGUGGAAUCAACCGAAUUCCUGCAUGCAGUUGAUAGACACAUAUUUGGGAGAUUUUGUUGGCGCUACCAAGUGGAAUGCUAAUACACCACUGAGUGAAGACUGCCUGUAUCUGAACAUAUGGGUUCCAAGACCGCGGCCAACAAACGCACCAGUACUCGUUUGGAUUUUUGGUGGUGGAUUUUUUGCAGGGUCCAUUACGUUGGAUAUCUACAACGGUUCUAUUUUAGCCAGCGAAGAGAACGUGAUAUUUGUUUCCAUGCAGUAUCGCCUGGGUCCAUUUGGGUUUUUGUAUUUUGGUACGGAAGAAGCUCCGGGUAAUCAAGGCUUAUUUGAUCAGCUGCUGGCUUUAAAGUGGAUCCAACAGAAUAUUGAACAUUUUGGCGGUCAUGCAAAAUAUGUCACGCUGUUCGGGGAGAGUGCCGGUGCCGCCUGCGUGGGACUACACCUCAUGUCCAAUUUAUCAUCGGAUUUGUUCAUGCAGGCCGUUCUCCAGAGCGGAAGUCCAACAGCCGACUGGGCACAUGUUUCCACCGCGACAGCUCUGAACCGUUCCGCAGACUUCGCCCAUCGCCUGGACUGCCAAACCGAAUCGGUAGAGCAUGCUGUGCACUGCCUCCGGCAAAUUGAAGCACAGACGUUAAUCGACGACAUCCCGGCCACCGGCAAUCUUUUUGAUUAUUAUUUCAUCCCGGUAGUGGAUGGAGAUUUUCUGACCAGAGAUCCAAUGUCCACUCUGCGAUACCAGCAGUUUAAAAAAACCAAUAUAAUGCUGGGAGUUACGGCAAACGAGGGCACAGCGUUCCUGAUGUACAUGUUUCCCGAACUCUUCCAACUGUACCAAGUCGAAAUGACAAUAAAGCGGUCGGAUUUCAAAGACGUCAUCUUUAAACUGUUUCCCAAUAUGAGCACCACUGCGACGGAGGCGCUGAUAUUCCAGUAUACUAACUGGAUAUCUCCGGAUGAAACCUCCAGUUUGGUUGAGAACCUGGAGAAAAUCAUAGGGGACAAGUGUAUUACCUGCGAGGUCAAUCAACUGGCGCAAGCGUACGCAGCCAGUGGCGCAGGCGUGUUCUUGUACGAAUUCUCCCAUCGGUCUAGUAAUUCGCCAUGGCCUCACUGGAUGGGAUCACAACACACUCACGAGAUGGAUUAUGUGUUUGGUCAUCCUCUAAACGAAAAACUGAAUUUCAGCUCGUCUGAGCAGAAUCUGGCGAAAAGCGUCAUGAGCUACUGGGCAAACUUUGCCAGAACCGGCAAUCCCAGUUUGCUUCCAAACGGGCAGUUUUCUAAGCGAUUCUGGCCGGUCUAUACUGCAAACGGCAAAGAAUAUCUGCAAAUUUUUGAAGACAGCCAAAAGGUCAGGCAUGGUCUCCGGGCGCAGUACUGUGCGUUUUGGAAGCAGUACCUUCCCCAUUUAACAAAAACGUUGCAGGAAAUGGAAGUGGCAGCCGUUGACGCCAGAGCUUCCUGUUCGAGUGGGCAGACAAAUCAUUACGAAGAGAGUAAAGUACAUGAGGCCGAACCUGAUGUACUAGAUGUGGACGACGAAUGGAAGAUAGAAUUCCAGGACUGGAAAAGAGACCAUGAUUUGUGGAAAACAGAGUUUGCAAAGUAUACAAAUACUCUGGAAGCGUCUCGUAAACUUCUGCAUAAAGCAAGUGAUCUGCAUCCAUGAACAAUUCUUACGGGAUUUUUUGUUUAUUUCCGAAUGUUUCUACGUUCAUCGGGACCGUUACACUGUCAAUUUCACUUAUAAAUGCAGUUACGCGU